AUGGCUACUAAUUCUAUAAAGUUGAUUGCCCCGGAUUUGCAUAGGGGCUUAGCUGAGCUGGUUGCCAAGAGGCUGGAUUUAAAAUUAACCAACUGUAAGUUAAAAAGAGAUCCUAAUGGAGAGGUAACCUUUUCUAUAGGCGAAUCUGUUAGAGAUCAAGAUAUCUAUAUUAUCACUCAGAUUGGUUCUGGUGAUGUUAAUGAUCGUGUGCUAGAGUUAUUGAUCAUGAUAAACGCUAGCAAGACGGCAUCGGCAAGAAGAAUUACAGCUGUUAUUCCAAAUUUUCCUUAUGCUAGACAGGAUAGAAAGGACAAAUCUCGUGCACCUAUAACUGCUAAGUUGAUGGCAGAUAUGUUGACUACUGCUGGAUGUGACCAUGUUAUUACCAUGGAUUUGCAUGCUUCCCAGAUUCAAGGAUUUUUUGAUGUCCCAGUUGACAACCUAUAUGCAGAACCAAGUGUUGUAAAAUACAUCAAGGAGCAUGUAGAUUACGAGAAUGCUAUUAUCAUUUCUCCAGACGCUGGUGGUGCUAAAAGAGCUUCUCUUUUGUCUGACAGAUUAAAUUUGAAUUUUGCCUUGAUUCACAAGGAACGUGCUCAGGCAAACGAGGUUUCCAGAAUGGUAUUAGUUGGUGAUGUAACAGACAAAAUUUGUAUAAUUGUUGACGAUAUGGCCGAUACAUGUGGUACGUUGGCUAAGGCAGCAGACGUUCUUCUAAAACACCAGGCAAAGUCUGUCAUUGCAAUUGUUACUCAUGGUAUUUUGUCCGGUAAGGCGAUUGAAAACAUCAACAACUCAAGUCUAGAUAGAGUUGUGUGCACCAAUACUGUGCCUUUUGAACACAAAAUGAAGAUGUGUCCAAAGUUGCAUGUUAUUGACAUAUCUGCUGUUUUGGCUGAGUCGAUUCGUCGUUUGCACAAUGGUGAAAGUAUCUCUUAUUUGUUUAAGAACAACCCUUUAUAA